CUCCUCAAAUGUCAAAAAAUUUCGUUUUCAAUUGAUUGGCCUUUGAGAGAGAAGAGUCAUUGACAAAGAAGGUAUUGCCGGAACUGAAGAUAUUCCGGUGAAAUUCCGGUUCGUAUAAUGCUCAAGGCCGUUCAGAUCUUGGGUUGGUCAUCAGGGUUAACCAUCUCGCAGAGAUUAACGAAGACCCGCAAGUCCUCGACUGUCUCUUUCAUCUCUACAUCUCUCAAUCUCUCCACUUUCUCCUCUGUAACCUCGAGCUCUCCUCGGAGAAUCUUCUCUUUUAACCCAACCCGAAUGUCUUCCUCACUUCCCGGGUCUGACCCAGUUGCAAAUUCUCCAGCUUUCGUUUCUGUUCAGUCAGCUGUUGAUGUUCGAAAGAUAAAGUUCUGUCAAUGGUGUGGAGGGCCGACGAAGCAUGAGAUACCUGAUGGUGAGGAGAAACUGAGAGCUAUUUGCACACAUUGCGGCAAAAUCGCAUAUCAGAAUCCUAAGAUGGUUGUAGGUUGCCUUAUAGAGCAUGAAGAAAAGAUUUUACUUUGCAAGCGUAACAUUCAACCUUCACACGGUCUAUGGACUCUUCCAGCUGGUUAUCUAGAAGUUGGAGAGUCAGCUGCACAAGGUGCAAUGAGGGAAACUUGGGAAGAAGCAGGAGCCACUGUGGAAGUUAUUUCACCUUUUGCGCAACUCGACAUCCCUCUAAUUGGCCAAACUUAUGUUAUAUUCUUAGCCAAACUGAAGAACCUACAUUUUGCGCCUGGUCCCGAAUCAUUGGAGUGUCGUCUUUUUGCACUAGACGAGAUACCGUUUGAUUCCCUGGCUUUUUCAUCUAUAUAUGUUACCUUAAAUUUGUAUUUGGAAGAUCUGAAAAAUGGGAAACCAAAGUUUCACUAUGGUACGAUAAAUAAAAGGCCUGGAAGUAGCCCUUCAGAUAUUCGCGCCUUUAGUCUUGAUUACCAUUUGCAGCCGUGACUCGAGUUUACAGAAGCAGCUCCCGGACUUGUUUCGUUCAUUUUGCACCUCGUUGUUGACUAACAGAAAAGGAAAAAUGAAGUUGCUUAUGUGAGACAUUGCUUGGCCAGAUGAGAAACAAAAAGCCUGAAGAUAAUUUGGACUGAACUUUCUUUUCUAUUCGUGGUUGGAGUAAUAAAAUUGGAUGGCUUUUAGGUAUCUCAUGUCAGAUGUUAUGGCUGAACAAAGUGUUUCUGUUUCUGGUUUCAGUUGCUUCAAUUGUAAAAGGAAAAAGUCAGAUGUAGUGCAACGUUUUGAUCAAUUUUUGUGUAAUUAAGUUACUUGUGUAACUGUUACUUA